AGGUGUGGAUGAACGCAAGAUGCAGGAUGCAGGCAAGCAGUUGCCUGGCCUUGAAGCCUCCUCCCAGGGCCCGGGACCCGGGAGAAACCGGAGCAGGGCGCGAGGAGCGGGAACAGUGGAGGCUCUGAGUGUCCCAAGAGGAGGGUGUGAAGUGGCGUGGGCGGGGAGUCAGCCUGGGAACUUGCCUAGCAAACACAGUUUUAAUGGACUGUGUGUGCUGGGGACUCUGGUCUUGGAGAGGGAGCUGAAAGGGAUAAAGCUUGGAAGAGCUCUGAGCCCAUGCCUGGAUGGAUGGAUGGAUGGAUGGAUGGGUGGAUGGAUGGAUGAUGGAUGAUGGAUGACGGAGUGGGGGAACGAGUGAAUGAGUGAACCGUAGUCCUCCCCAGGUUGGAGCCCCAUGCCCGGUAGGGGUCACUGCUCGCCCAGCGGGCGGGAAGGGGGCGCAGGCGCAGCGGGCGCCAAGGCACCCCCCUGUUGGGGGCGGUGGCGUGGGGGCUGGAGGUGGGGUUAGAGAAAGGGACGCGAGCGGGAUCCAAACUUCCGGUGCCUGCAGAGUGCGGAGCGCGGCUGCACCGAGAGGCUGCACCAGCUGAGGCUGCACCGGCAGAGCCUGCAGGGCGGACCCGCGGCCCGGAGCAGCCAUGGUGAAGAUCAGCUUCCAGCCCGCCGUGGCCGGCGUAAAGGGCGACAAGGCCGACAAGGCUUCGGCCUCGGCCUCGGCCGCGGCCCCGGCGACCGGCCCGGCUGCUGAGAUCCUGCUGACGCCGGCUCGGGAGGAGCGGCCCCCCUACCACCGCCACAAGAAGGGGGGCUCCGUGGGCAGCGUGUGCUACCUGUCAAUGGGCAUGGUCGUGCUGCUCAUGGGCCUGGUGUUCGCCUCCGUGUACAUCUACAGAUACUUCUUCCUCGCCCAGCUGGCCCGAGACAACUUCUUCCACUGCGGCGUCUUCUACGAGGACUCGCUGUCCUCCCAGGCCCACACGCGCAUGGAGCUGGAGGAGGACGUGAAGAUUUACCUGGAAGACAACUACGAGCGCAUCAACGUGCCCGUGCCCCAGUUUGGGGGCGGCGACCCCGCCGACAUCAUCCACGACUUCCAGCGGGGUCUGACCGCCUACCAUGACAUCUCCCUGGACAAGUGCUACGUCAUCGAGCUCAACACCACCAUCGUGCUGCCUCCCCGCAACUUCUGGGAGCUCCUCAUGAAUGUGAAGAGAGGGACCUACCUGCCACAGACGUACAUCAUCCAGGAGGAGAUGGUGGUCACAGAGCACGUCAGCGACAAGGAGGCCCUGGGCUCCUUCAUCCACCACCUGUGCAACGGGAAGGACACCUACCGGCUGCGGCGCCGGGCCACCCGGAGGCGGAUCAGCAAGCGUGGGGCCAAGCGCUGCAACGCCAUCCGCCACUUCGAGAACACCUUCGUGGUGGAGACGCUCAUCUGCGGGGCCGCGUGAGGCCUCCCUCCGCCCCGCCCGCCGGUCCCGCCCUGCCUCUCCUCUUUCGUCUUCCUGCCACUCUCUGCCCCGCCCCCUGCCCCUCUUAGCUUGUACUUUGGAUGCUGUUCCAUAGAUGUGACACGUCUCCCGUUCCUGCCCAGCCCUGCCCGCCUGCCUGUACCAGAGCCGAGACCUCUCGAGGCCCUCACCUCUGCUGACAUCCGGGCCUGGGGGACAGAGAGGGCGCCCCAGGGUGGUUUCUGUGACCGCUGUCUUGACGUUGGCUCCUCGGGGGCCCGGCCCACAGCUGCACUGGCAGCCCACGGGAAGGAGUGGAUUCAGGGGACGGGCACAUGGGUGUCCUGGGGGAGGGGACUGGGUGGGGGAGGGGCGUGGAGUGGGGAUCAGAACUGUCUGCACCGUCGGGAAAGUCCCGUAGACGUUUUCUCGGGAUGGCACGCUUCCUCCUGGGUGCCCGUUCCCAGGCCCGGCUGAGAAUGGGAAGUGUGCCCAGAGCACAAGGGAAGGUGGCCGUCCUGGGGGGUCUCCCAGGGCUCCCAACGGUGCCUUCAGCCCACCAGAGGGAGCUGGAGCGUGGGGGUGGGGAUGAGUUCAUCAAGCACAAUCGUUUUCUGAGUGGAACCAAAGAGGGAGGAGCCAGGGCCCCCAGCGCUGGCCCCCCAGGAGCACAAGCGGAGUCCCACGGGCCGCGGUGGAACGGGCGGCCCAGGAGAGCUGCGUCCCCCCCAGUCGGGCGGAGCCCCUGCCGAGUAGGCGGGGCUUCUUCCUCUGAGCUAGAGCCGUUUUAGAGGGUGGUGUGGGGGGGAAGGAGAGCCGCCUGGUACUUGCACACCCUGCCUCCUCUCUGUUCUGAACUUCCUCUGCUUUGGGGGGAUGCACCCUUUUUCCUUUGCCUCCUCACUUUUGCAUGUUUUUACUGACCAUUCGAUAUGCUACCCGUUCUGAGCCCCGAGCCCUGACGAGGAGGAGGGCUUGGGCGCCUCCAGUGGGCCCAGGUGCUCCUGGAGGCAAAACUCUGAAACGCUUUGUAUAUUUUCUCAAUUAGAUCUCUUUUCAGAAGUGUCUGUAGAAUAAUAAAAAUCUUUGACUUCUGA